AUGGCGUCGUAUGACCAAAUAAUGGCCACAACAGAUCCCAAGACACACAAGUUUUUGGGUCGUAACGUGCGCCCUUUCAACUAUGCUUUAAGGGAGCGUCGUCGCGAAGAGAUUGUGCUUAUGGGGUCGUAUGCCAAAUUUGCUCAAAACCAUGACAUGAACCAACAUCUACUGGAAACGGGUACCCGCCUCCUUGCGGAAGUCAGCCCCUUCGAUCGUGGUUGUAGUAUCGGCAUGUCUGCAUACUUUCCAGAGGCUAGCGAUUCAUCCAAGUGGACGGUUAGCGGGCUCACCCAGCAUUCCGCUUCCCCGUGGGUUUCCCCUUUGGUUGUCAUCCCAAAGAAGAACGGAUCGGUUCGCAUCACCGUCAACUACAAGCGUCUCAACGCCCUGGUGGAUUUGGAUGGACAGCCUCUCCCUCGUGUGGACGGUAUCCUGGAUUCUCUGUACACCAGGAAAGUGUUCUCCAUCUUCGACCUCAGCUCGGCUUUCCACCAGAUCGAUUGUGACGAAGACACCUUCCCGCUCACCGCCUUUGGCGCUCCCACGCAGCUGUUCGAAUGGCUUCGUAUGGGAGCCAACGCACGUCCGUCCUGGUUCGUCAAGUUCAUCAAUCGAGUGGUGCACGGUCUGGAGCGCGUGCUUACGUAUCUGGACGAUGUCAUCUGUUUCGAUGAGGAACCUCUGGGACACGUGCUCAACAUGAUCGAAUUCUUCAAACGGCUGCGACAGUACAACCUCAAACUGUCUCCGGGGAAAGUUCGCGUCGGCGCCACACACGCCAACUUCCUCGGUCACAUCAUCUCCCCGGCCGGCGUUAGCCCUGAUGGCCUCAAGGCUGGGGCGCUAACGGACAUGCCGCCGCCGCCGAAUGUCAAACAGCGUUGGAGCCUUCUCGGUGGACUCAGUUAUCAGUUACUACCGGAAAUUCCUCAGGAAUCUCGCCACCAAGGUGCGACCUCUCACCGCUCUUGCCAAACAAGGUGUCCCCAUUAA